CUGGACUGUAACAAAUAAUGUUUGUUCGACGGAAUAUGAAACGUCAAAUCGCGAUCAUCGUUAGUGGGUAUUACCUACUCGUGUCUGCCACAUCACAUAAAAUAAAUACAUUCUGCUGUUCGAAUUGCUCGAAAUUCAAGGUAGGUUUACUAACACCAUAUGUGCAGUGAGAUACAGCGAAAUGGACGAGAAUCUUGAAGUUGAAGAUGCAGAGCUGCAUACUAGUCAAAGACCAAGUGAGAGCUCUGAAGCAGAUGCAGAAACUAAUUUGGCAGAGGGCGCCGGCCUAGGCACCACCACCACGCCCCAAUCGCAGCAGUUCUACGCGGCCCCGCCCUCGGCCGGCUACGCCCCGCCCCACUUCCACGCCGGCCUCCAAUCCGGCCACCCGCACCCCGCCCACCUCGGCCACUCGCCGCCGCCUCCGCCCCACUGCGCCAGCCCCGCCUACUACAAGGACGAGCGUGCGCAGCGCCAGCACAGCAAGCUGAAGCGGAAGCUGCAGGAGAAGCAGACGACGACGACGAACGGGGCGGGGCUACGGCGAGGAAGCGGGGCGAAAGAGCGGGGGAUGAACAGCGUGGGAACGAGCGAGGAUGGGGAGGAGAGCAGCGUGCCCGACGAGGAGGACUCGUUUCACGUUUACAUCACCGAUGUGUUGUCGUCCGUCCAGGCGCCCAAGGUGUCCGACCUGAGCAGCCGCAGUGCCUUGUUGCAGUGGGCGCCUCCCGUGCGUCUCUCUGAGUCUGCGAGCACCGACAGCCGUGUCGACGUGGACGUAUCCGAGUCGGAGCUGCGCUACGAGGUGCUGCUCAGCGACAAGGGCAAAGAGAUGAAGUUCAAGUCGAUCUACAGCGGCCCGUCGCUGUCCUGCCGCAUCCAGGACCUGCGGCCCGGCCAGGAGUACUCCGUGUGCCUGCAGGUGCACCUGGACGAACUGCAAGGCUCGGUGACGGACCUGGUCAAGUUCGUGACGCCCGCCUGCGAGCCCGACCAACCGCAGCCGCCGAAGCUGAUCAACCGGACAAAGAGCUCGCUGCAGCUGCGCUGGAACGCCGUCCACGACAAUGGAGCGCACGUGCUGCACUACGUGCUCGAGUACGACGAGGGCAAAGGCGGGGACUUCGUCGAAUUCUACAAGGGAAGGAACAAAACCCACACGCUGCAGAAACUCCUGCCGGCCACCGACUACACCUUCCGCCUGGCCGCCGUCAACGAGGCGGGCAGGAGCGCCUACUCGAAGCCCGUCGCUUUCGGCACGCUCGACCACCCGCCUGCCCAGCCCGCCCCGCCUGCCCUCGUCGAGGCCAGCGUGCGGGCGCUGCGACUCGAAUGGGCGGGCGGGCCGCGCGACGACGAGUUCGUGCUGCAGAUGAACGACGCGCGCACCAAGUACGGCUUCCUGAACGUGUAUCUGGGCGCGGAGACGGGCCACGUGGCCAGGGAUUUGAGGCAGUGCAGCGAAUACUCGUUCAGGCUGAAGUCGAAGAACGAUGGUGGCGUUUCGCCCUGGUCGGAAGAAGUGACAUAUUACACCCUGCCAGACAGGCCUUCGAGGCCGUCGAAGCCAGUCGUCAAGGGCAGGAUACACGCGCAUUCCUUCAAGCUGAAGUGGGAACCCCCUAAUGAUACCGGAGGGUCCGAGAUAACCAAGUACAUCCUGGAAGUGAACUCGGGCAGCGGCUACGAAACGGUGUACGAAGGUCCCGACACCGAGGCCGUCUGCGACCGGCUGACGCCGGGUACGACGUACCAGCUGCGCGUGGGAUGCGCGGCGGCGGGUGGCGGCAGCGAUUUCUCCGACCCGUGCACCGUCACGACGGACGCCGUGGCGCCGGGGCGCUGCCCACGGCCCAGGGCGGCCGGGAAGCCGACCGCGCAUUCGGUGACCAUACGAUGGACGGAGCCCGAUUACAACGGUGGCGCCCCCAUCCUCGACUACGAGGUCGAAAUGACUCCGCCCAACGGCCCCAGCACGCCCAUCCAGAAAAGCAAGGACACCGAGUGCACCGUGACCACGCUCGAGCCAGGCCGCGACUACGCCUUCUCGGUGCGCGCCGUCAACCGGAUUGGCCCAGGGGCGUGGUCGGAGCCCCUCCCCGUCACGAGUGGCGCCGCCCCGCCCUGCGCGCCCGCCCUGCCGCGGCUGCUGUGCAGAAGCGCGACGCACGUGUACGUCGAGUGGGCGGAGCCGAAAAGCAACGGGGCGGCCGUAAGCGAGUAUCGGGUGGAGAUGAGCCGGCACGCAGAGGAGGAGGAGGAGUUUAGCGGGGUGUAUCAGGGGGCGCAGGCUAGCUGCGACGUCAAGGGGUUGGCGCCCUUCCAUUCGUACUACUUCAGGGUUCAAGCCGGCAACAGCGCCGGACUCAGCCCCUACUCCCCGGUAGCGGGCACCGUCACGCCCGCUGCUCCGCCCUCCGCCGUCGCCUCCGUCAAGACGGAGGCCACGCCUACCUCGAUCGCGCUCUCAUGGGCCACGCCCUCCGAAAACGGCAGUCCCAUCACGCACUACAACAUCGAGCUGUCCGACAGGACGAUAUCGACGCAGGCGCCGACGACGGAGUAUGUGAUCGAAGGGCUGCAGCCUGAUACUGUUUAUAAGGUCAAGAUUCAGGCGGUGAACAUGGUGGCAGCGGGACCGUUUUCCGGGUCGAUGAGGGUGUCGACGUUGAGGUUGCCACCUGUUGCUCCAAGAUUGGAAUGUCUAGCGACCGCCCACAACUACAUCAAACUGAAAUGGGGAGAAGGCAAGAACACCGAGUACACCCAGUACUGCGUUGAGAUGGAGAACCCUCGAUCUCGGGAAUACCAAUGCGUCUAUAAAGGCACUGCCUUGACCUGCAAGGUCAACAAACUGCACGAACAGACGUCGUACAAGUUCCGGAUAAACGCGUCCAGCGACGCCGGCACUGGCUCUUUCUCGGCGUUCUACGAGUUUGCUACCGCGACCGCCCCACCGGCGGCAGUCAAGGCGCCCAAGCUGGUCGAGGUGGAGCAGAGAAGCUGCAGCGUGGAAUGGCUGCCCGCCAAGAACCCGUUCGCCGAUGCGGUGGUCUACCAAGUGCAGCUCGCCAAGGCGAAGGAGCAGGUCUUCAGACAGGUCUACAAGACCUCGGAAUGCAAGUGCACCAUCGACGACCUGGACCCCGGCACAGACUACGUCACGCGCGUCUGCCCCGCACGCCUGACACCGACCACGCCCACCGGCGAGCUGCCCGGCCCCUGCUCGCCCGCCCUCAGCUUUGCCACGCCCCCGGCCGAGUCGGCAUUGGUUGGCAAGGCCACGCCUACCGUACAGUCGUCUCCCCAUCCCCACCAUGCCGUCAGGCACCGCUCUCUCUAUCAUUCCGUGUGGCAGGCGACCAGGUGGCCCGAGGAGUACUGCAUCUACGUCUACGCCGUGUCGGUGCUGGUGCUGGGCAUCGUCUUGUCGUUGGGGAUAGCGUCGUUUCUGUAA